AUGGCUUAAACUGGAGAUUUUAUAUUUAAUAAUGGUAAAGGAAGUGAAAGUAUUUAUGGAAAAACAUUUAAAGAUGAAAAUUUUGAGGCAAAGCAUAUAGGAAGAGGUAUUUUAAGUAUGGCAAAUAAUGGUAAAGAUACUAAUGGAAGUUAAUUUUUUAUAACUUUUAAAGAUUGUCCACAUUUAGAUAAUAAACAUGUUGUUUUUGGGAAAUUAAUUAAAGGAUUUAAUGCUUUGGAAGAUCUGGAAAAUAUAGCAAGUAAAGAUGGGAUUCCUUUGUAAGAAGCUGUUAUAAUUGAUUGUGGGGUUUUAAAUAAUUGA